AAAAAUGGGGCGGAGGGCUAAAUCUAACUUCAAUCACAACAGUUGACAUACAUUUGACAUUUGGUUAACCUCAAAAUCCUAAACUGUCAUUGUGACAAUUAUGAUUUGUUGUGCUGAAAUGAGUUGUUUUUAAUUCAUUUAAACAGUGUCAUGUCUUUGGUUAAUAUAGUUUUCCGUUCACGUAAAUCCUCUUUGACAAAACUCCGCAUUUUGAAGAAUCUUAAAAAAGCGAGACACUUUUCGGUCGGUGCUUUAAUUCACCAGAAAAAUGACGAACACAUUAUGCAUGUGUUUGAUAGGAACACCAAGAGUUUGCAAAGGGAACGGGCGGCUUCCGCACAAGACGCCAAUUUGUAUGAUUAUUUGAAAGAUGAAAUUGGCUAUCGACUAGCAGACAGGGUGUUUGAUAUCAAACGCAAGUUUAAACUGGCCGCAGACAUUGGUUGCAGCAGGGGCUACGUGUCCAAACAUAUUUCACCAAAAUGUAUUGAAGAACUAAUCUUAUGUGAUAUGAACCGCUUUAAUUUAGACAGUGUUCAAGUACAAGAGGGUAUUAAAGUUAGGAAACAAGUACUAGAUGAGGAACACAUUGAGUUUGAGCCAAACUCCCUUGAUCUGGUUAUAUCAAGUUUGAGUUUGCAUUGGGUGAACGAUUUGCCGAACGCUUUUAAGCAAAUUUUAAAAUCGCUUAAGGAGGAUGGUGUUCUUCUUGCGGCGGUUUUUGGAGGAGAUACUUUAUAUGAGUUGAGAUCUUCCCUCCAGUUGGCUGAAUUAGAGCGUCGUGGAGGCAUUUCUCCUCACAUAUCUCCAUUUACCGAAGUUAGAGAUAUUGGCAAUUUGUUGACAAGGGCUGGCUUCACAAUGCUCACUAUUGACACUGAUGAAAUUGUUGUGAAUUAUCCUACUUUGUUUGAAUUAAUGUGGGACCUUAAAGGAAUGGCAGAGAGUAAUGCUGCUAUUAAUAGGUCGCUUCAUUUGCACCGAGAGACUCAGUUUGCUGCAGCAGCAAUUUACCAACAACUUUACGGUAAAACUGAUCCUGAGACGGGGAAAACCACAAUACCUGCCACUUUUCAAAUCAUUAAUAUGUUAGGGUGGAAGCCCCAUCCCAAACAACCUAAACCACUAGAGAGGGGAAGUGGGGAAGUAUCAUUAAAGGAUUUGUACAAAUUGGAUGAAAUCAUUAAAGAAGUAAAGAAGAUCAAAAACGACGAUGAUCAGAAGAAUUAGUUUAAAGUCAUUAGAUAAAAUCUAGUUUGGUUUGUAUAUUUUGACAUGAAGUUUCUAUAUUUUAUUGAAGUGUUGAAACGAAAA